AUGGAGAGUAGUAAUGCUGGUGAGCAACAGUCAUUGAUUUCUUCGUUUCUCGAUAUUGCUGCUGGGCAGUCCGUCGAGACUGCUAGAAAAUAUUUACAAGCAACGGACUGGAAUCUUGAACAAGCAAUUUGGUUGUUUUACGGUGACGAAGAAGUGUCUGAUCCAUUCAAGAAAGUUACUUUGUCCGAUGGAACUACAAACACUACGGCCGCGGUAUCAAGAAACCAAAGGAUGGAAACAGAAAAAGAGGAAUAUCUUGAUUCCCCAAGCGAGCUAAGGAAUUCCCUAAACCGGUUUGAUGAUCUUAAGCAAUGGGCUUACCAAAACUGCUUUAACGAUUUCGAGCAAAUGCGUGUAGGCUUUAACGAUUUCAAGCAAAGGGCUUACGUAAACCGCGUUAACGAUUUCCAGCAAAGGUCUUACCUAAACCGCUUUAACGAUUUCGAGGGUAACCUAAAUCGCCUUCGGUGUUCUGAUCCAAGGGCUUUCCUAAAACACAUGGAGUCUGAGCGAAGGCCGGCCGUCAAGGUAGAUAACUCUGAAAAUAAUUCUGCUUCGAUGAUGCAUGAUCAGGGCCCCCUUCUGGAACAGAUGUAUCGCCCACCUCUGAAAUUGAUGUACAAGGGACCUUUGCAUGACGCAAAACAAGCCGCUGAAGAUGAAGACAAGUGCUUGAUAGUAAAUGUGCAAUCAACGAAAGAAUUCAGUUCUCAAACACUGAACUUAAAUACAUGGGCCAACGAAACUGUCUCGCAGACUAUCGGCGCCAAUUUCAUCUUUUGGAAAGUUUAUGUUGAUACCCCUGAAGGACAAAAGGUAUGUGACUAUUAUAAUUUAAAAUAUUUUCCUGCAGUCCUUGUUUUGGACCCAAUCACAAGGCAUAUGAUGCGAUCAUGGAGCGGAAAGAUUGAACCCGAGUGCUUGUUGGAGGAUUUAGUCCCUUUCAUGGAUGCAAGUCCUAAACAUCAUCAUGCUAAAUUUGUGACUGAGGAAUCAGUAACUUCCUCAUCAAGCAAGAAGCUUACAUAUCCUGAUCUCCCUGAAGAGCCAAAAGUGGACGAAGCCGAAACACUCAUCUGCCGUAUUGAGGUUCACUUUCUUAAUGGGCGCAGGCUUCAGCGGAAUUUCCUUCGAACAGAUCCAAUCCAGUGUCUAUGGUCUUUUUGUAGCUCCCAGCUUGAAGAAGCAGAGACUCGUCCUUUUGAGCUAACUCAAGCCAUUGCAGGAGCAUCAAAGACUCUUGACUGUGAAAGCAAGCAAACGUUCGAGGAGUCUGGACUUUUGGACUCAAUGAUAUAUGUGACUUGGGAUUGA